AUGGCACCAAUUAUUACAAAGAAAGAGACCGUCAUUAUUGACACUGACCCUGGAAUUGAUGAUGCACUUGCUAUCAUCAUGUCUCUCUUAUCUCCCGAGUUGGAUGUCCGUGCAAUUACUCUCACGCACGGAAAUGCUUCGCUCGAUAUGAUCAAGCGGAAUGCCGUAACAAUUUUGAAUGUGGUAGCAGAACAACGUGCAUUUCUUGGACUACCCGCCCAGGUUCCCAUACUCGCCAUAGGGUGCGCAUCCCCUAUUACAGUGGGUCAACCCUGCGUUACAGCGACUCAUUUCCAUGGAAGGGACGGAUUGGGCGAGAUCUACGAAAAUAAUCUCUACCAAGCUCCUCCAGACUGGGAAAGUCAAUUACUCCACGCAGCCAAGGAAGUUACCAAGGAAUCUUUCCAUGCUGCUCAAUCCGCGUUUCAAACCACCCCACGAGAUGCAGCUGAUGAGAUUCUGUUUCAUUUAAAGAACGCUCCACCACUCACUAUUACUAUAUGUGCUGUUGGUCCCUUGUCUAAUAUUGCUUUGGCUUACCAACGUGAUCCUGUCACAUUUGGUAGAGCAAAACGCAUCAUGGUUAUGGGAGGAGCUAUCAAUGUCCCAGGAAACGUCACUCCUAGUGCCGAAUUUAACUUUGGUGCUGAUCCUCAGGCCGCAGAUAUCAUUAUGGGUACAACUAAAGGAUUUCAGCACAGUCCAGAAGGCUAUAGUUCACGUCUUGCUCUCAUAAAUGACGGAAAGGUUGCUCCAUCUCAUGUUGUAGUCGUACCUCUUGAUGCUGCUGAUGAUGGCACUGUAUCUAAACAAGAUUACGAAAAAUAUAUUGUCCCUUUGGCCAAAACAACACCCGUUGCUACAUUUUGUAACAGCUUCUUGAUCUGGACAUUUGAUAUAUCUAGCAAACUCUAUGGUAUCGAUACUCUAUCAGUGUUUGACGCAUACACUAUUCUAGGAACUAUGGACAUGAUGUUUGAUAAAGGCGACAAACAAGGACAUGAACAUUACGAUGCUUUUUGGAAAUACGAGUAUAUUGAUCUCCGCGUAGAGUCAACAGGUCUCUAUACCCAAGGCAUGAGCUGUUAUGAUCGUCGUCCACAUCCAAGUAUGUCUUGGCCUGGCAUACCUAACAACGUGCAGGUCAUGCUGCGUGGUAAUGGUAGAAGAUUCAAUCACUUCUUCUUAAACCGGGUCUUUGAUGCUGGUAUUAUUAUCUAG